AUGAUGCCUAUUAAUAGAGCUGAUGAAGUGCCCGAGGCACAAAACGAUCGAGAUGAUAGGGUGGCGUUGGAAGUGCCGAAUAAUGAAGCGGCGCCCAAUGGACAAGAUGAUGGAGAUAGGAUAUUUGGGGCGGCGAAUGAAGCAGGAGAUGGUGAAAAUGGAGAGCUCGGGAUGCCGAAUCUUGGGCUGCCGAAUGGUUACCAUCAUGAGGAUGAUGAAGAUGAAGUGCCGGAGGAUCCGGAUAAUUGGCAAGAAGGUUCCUCAUCAGCGAGCGAAGUAUGGAGAGUAGAUGGUCACGAUUUACCGGAGGGUCCGCAUGAUCCGGUUCUAGGGUUAGGCGCCCGUCCCCUAACCCGUAGGGAGGACAAGCUGCUCUACCUUCGCUUGAUUACGCUCGAACGGGCGUUAGAGGCGGAAGAUGAAGGCGAAUUUGAUGAAGAUGAAGAGGUGGCACCUCUACUGGGGCCGAACGCUGAUUUUCGCAGUGUCCGCCCUCGACUAGGGUGUGUGAUGAUGCCUGUUAAUGGAACUAGAGAGGAGGUGCUCGAAGCACCAAAUGGUCGAGAUGAUAGAGAAGAGGUGCCCGAAGAACCGAAUGAUCGAAAGAGUGCCACCACGACGUCGAAUGUUGAGUGA